CAAUUGAUGCAAUAGAGCUGAGCAAUAACAUAAUUCGGUCGGUUGAACGGGCCAAGCAACAUUUAACAAAAUAUUUCGCCGAAACAGAUCGAAAGGUGCAGUCCAUCAAGCAUUUCUGGAAUGACUUCUUCAGAUCCGAAUUUGAAGAAGUGGAAACUUUGAAUCGAAUGAAAAUAGAACCGCAAGCAUCAGUGGUUGAUCCACAUCCGGUUCGAUGUGCGGAACACUCAGAUGUCCAACUGAAAACGAAAAUUAAAGUUGAAUUAGUCGAAUGCGAUCCCAACGAAACAUAUUCGAGUGAUGUUCAGAUCAUCGAAUUACCACCAGAAGAACCUAUUGAAAUUUCGGACGAUGAGACACAACUAUUAUGUGACCAAUUACAAGUAGACAGAAACGAUACCAAGGACCUGGUCGUUUCGCAAUCAACAAGUAGUAAGAAGUUGUCAGCAGCUAGCACCUCGAAAGGAUCACUGAAUAUCGCUGUGGAACCAGUGCAAAACAAUCUGUCCGUCGAUUGUCAGGCUUUAUCGCAACAGAGCUUUACGCAUCCUUUAAAUUGGAACUUUCAAAUCGAAGAACGCACAAUGACUGAGUCGCAGCACCAGUGACUGUAGUACACAUCGAUCGCACCUCACAUCCAUUGGUACUAAAACGAUUAUCAAAAUGCACUGGAAAACCAUACAAACGGGGACGAUAUAAUAUGAUGGAGAGGAGUGACGAGUUACUUCGUCCAAAACAUUCAAAUUCGGUUAAAUACGGUUAAAUAUUCAAUUUCAAAAUUUCAUGGGACAUUGUGUGGAGGUGUCUGAACAGCAGCCGUUGCGAAAUGAGUGUGUUUAUGCUGUCGAUCCGCGUAUUUUAAGAAAAAAAUUGAUAAUUAAAGAGACAAUUGGAUGAGAGUGACGUUGUUCGUUUGGUCCAUGUAUCGUUAAUUGAAUCAAAAAAUUGAGUAAAUUUGAAAUAAAACCAGAAAAGAA